UCACCCAAAUCGGACAAACAGGAGAGAGAGAGAGAGAGAGAAUCCUUGGCUGCAAGAAAACAAACACCUCAUAACAAUUCGUUGUCCCCUUCCCUGCCUUCCUCCCUCGAGGCAUCCCCUCCACUGCAUUGAUCCUCCCGAAUAGGGUUUUGGAUUGACCCCCAGGAAUCCCGCUGCAUUGAUCCCAACUUCCGAUUUCUCCUCUGCAAAUCUUAACCGGGAUCCGUUGAUGCCCGUCUUCGCUUCAUAGAUCGCCGUUUCUUGAGCUUCCGCGGCUUUGGCCCCCGCACUAUGGAAACCCCCGGCGGAGACUCCGAUCCGUACGGGUCUCGGUUUCCCUCCUCCUCCGCCGGCGGGGGCAUCAGUGGUGGCCCUUCGAGGAGGUACCGUGUCCCUUUCUCGGCGAAUCUCAUCCACGCGCCUUUGUCGGCGCUCUUGGAAUACUCCGGGAUCUUGCGUCCUGGUGCCAGCCAAUCGGAGACGGAGAGCUUGAUUCCGCUGCCGGAGCUGAAUCUUGCCCAGGUGGAUGAGUCGUCCGUAUCCGCCGUUGCUGACCGUGGCGAGGUGUCGAUUAGGAUCAUUGGGAGUGGCGAUCAGGAGAGUCUCCGGAUGGCGUCGACCCAGCCGCAGCCUUCGACUGCCUGGUCUGGUGGACAGGGUAAUUCUGGCGGCCGCGGUGUCUCUGGUGAAUCGAACCCUGCUUUCUCAGAGAGGCACCGAGGAGGAGAUGGAGGGAGCAAUAGCGGGGUCGGAGAGGCAGCCUCCUCGUCCGCAUCUUCUGUGUCAGCAUCCAUCGCGGCUGUUGAUGGCCCGAGCACGGACGCGGAGGCGAGUAUGACGGGUGGUCGCAACAGGGAUUCAUCGUAUCAGAGAUAUGACAUUCAGCAGGUUGCACGGUGGAUCGAGCAAAUACUACCGUUCUCGUUGCUUCUUUUGGUGGUCUUCAUCAGACAGCAUUUGCAAGGCUUUUUCGUUACGAUUUGGAUUUCAGCAGUGAUGUUUAAAUCCAAUGAUAUCUUGAAAAAACAAACUGCUUUAAAGGGAGAGCGAAAAUUGACUGUGCUUGUUGGAACUGCAUUUUUCUCCAUGUUACAUAUAUUUGGCAUCUACUGGUGGUACCGAAAUGAUGAUAUCUUAUACCCACUUAUCAUGUUUUCUCCCAAAGCAAUACCACAAUUUUGGCAUGCCAUAUUUAUUAUCUUGGUCAAUGAUAUAAUGGUGCGGCAAGCAGCUAUGGUUGUGAAGUGUAUUCUCUUGGUGUAUUACAAAGAUCGUAAAGGUCGUAACUAUCGUCAGCAGUGUCAAAUGCUUACUCUUGUGGAGUACCUUCUACUUUUGUACCGUUCUUUUUUGCCAACUCCUGUUUGGUACCGAUUUUUCCUGAACAAGGAAUAUGGGAGUUUCUUUUCAUCUCUGACUACGGGGCUAUACCUUACUUUGAAGUUGACAUCAGCAGUAGAGAAGGUUCAAUCAUUUAUUUCUGCGUUUAAGGCGCUAUCAUGCAAGGAUGUAAGUUAUGGGUCUUAUGCAACAGCUGAACAGGUAAUUACAGCUGGUGAUAUGUGUGCCAUUUGCCAAGAGAAGAUGCACGCUCCUAUUCUACUUCGUUGUAAACACAUCUUUUGUGAAGACUGUGUCUCUGAAUGGUUUGAAAGAGAACGGACAUGCCCAUUGUGCAGAGCUGUGGUUAAGCCAGCAGGGCUGAGGUCAUUCGGCGAUGGUUCCACGAGCUUAUUCUACCAGUUGUUUUGAUUAUUGCAUCUGUAACAUAAAUUGAUUUCCUCGGAUGCCAGAUUGGUCAGAAGGAUGCAGGCUGACCUUGCUGUGGUGCUGUUGCUGUUCUCUCAUGAUUUGAUCUCCAUGUCACCUCCCGGGAGUCUUUUGAUCAAAGUUCGAUGAGACACCUCCCCAUCUAUCCAUAUU